AUGGUUUCUGGUGACCCGCCAACAGAACCAACGCUGCUGCAGCCUCAGUCUCUGCGCGGCAGUGCGAUGGUGAGCCUCCGUUACUUGCUGACGGUGCUGACGCUAGGCUCAGCGGUGUUCAGCACGGACUCAGUAAAGCUCUACAAUGUCAGCGUGCUGAUGGCUUCCCGUCUGGACUCCCCAUUCGACCUGGAGAGGUGCGGACCUGCCAUUGACCUGGCCCUGGAGGAGAUCAACGACAAGUUCCUCAGCCAUCACAACAUCAAGCUGCAGAAAGUUCAGGAGAGCUACUUGUCCUGUUCUGGGGACCGAGCUCCUGGUCUUGCAGCAGACAUGCACUUCCGUGAUGACGUCAUCGCCUUCAUAGGCCCGGCGUGUGCCUUUGCACUGGAGCCCGUGGCACGACUAGCGGCCUAUUGGAACACUCCGAUCAUCACAGGCAUGGGUGACCAGCCUCCCUCGGAAGGCACACUUUCUGUCACUUCUGGAAUACUUGGUCGCUUACAUAAACUCCGUAACGGCACUUCCAUUGUAGUGAAGGAGGACACACUGACCCGCAUGUCCUACUGCCAAUGCCGUCUGAAGCUGGUGUUCUCCAGUAUAUUCAAGCAGUUUGGCUGGAACCAUGUCGUCCUCCUGCUGGACAGAUCUGAUCUCUUCUCACUCACCGUUGGAAAGCACUUAGAAAUAGGACUGCGCAAAGCGGGGACGUUGAGUUUUGUACGGGAGUUGGAUGGGAACGAGGAAGAGAACUGUGAGGAGUACUUGAAAGAUGCAAGCAUGUAUGCUAGAGUGGUGAUCUUGAGUGUGCGGGGGUUGCUAGUGCGACGCUGCAUGAUCGCCGCCCAUAACCUAGGCAUGACUCGUGGCGACUGGACCUUUCUGGAUGUAGAAAUCGUCCAGGGUUCGUACUGGGGCGACCACGACUGGGAGGCUCAUGACAAGAAUGACUCAAUAGCUCGGAAAGCCUACGAGGCUCUUCUACGAGUGUCCCUGCUUGAGCCGACCAGCAAAGACUUCAGCAAGUUUGCAGAGAAUGUGCGUCAGCGUGCCAAGCUACACUACAACUACACAUUUUCAGAAGGUGAAGAGGUAAAUUUCUUCGUCGGAGCUUUCUACGACGGUGUGUAUCUGCUCGGGAUGGCACUGAAUGAAACUCUGACUAAAGGAAUCGACAUCAGGGACGGUCGCGCGAUCACUGCGCAGAUGUGGGGAAGAACCUUUCACGGCAUUACUGGUCAUGUAAGGAUAGACGAGAAUGGUGAGAGGGACGCUGACUACUCGGUGCUGGACUUGGAUCCAAUCACAGGGAAGUUUGAAGUGGUGGCUCAUUACUAUGGGGUGAACCGGACAUACCAGCCAGUAGCCAACAAGAGAAUUCACUGGCCUGGAGGCAAGGAAGGACCUCCUGCUGAUAUACCCCGGUGCGGCUUCAUGGGAAACGACCCCAUCUGCCAUGAAAGCAAUGAACAUCACACGAUUUUCCUGUAUGGGAUGGCCGCUUUCAGCAUCUUUCUCGGAUUCAUAUUCAUGUUAGCAUUCUUUGCCAACAAACACAUGCGGCUGGCUGCAGAUCUCAACAACAUGUCUUGGCGUGUUCGUCCUGAGGAGGUUCUACUGGAGAUUGGCAAGCCGUUCUCUUCUCGUCUCGCUCUGCAGCGAACCACCGCUGAGGAGCUGAACGGACUCCACGACCGACUGACAGUUCGUCGCAGCUCCAUAGAGUCAAGUUCCUCUCUCUUGUUGACCCAAGUGUUCACCACCAUAGGAAUAUAUAAGGGGUCGAGGGUGGCAAUCAAGAAAGUGAUCAAGAAGAAAGUGGAUAUCAACAAGAAACUGCUCUGGGAGAUAAAACAGGUACGCGACGUAACCCAUGAGAACACCGUGAGGUUUGUGGGAGCCUGCAUAGACUGUCCUACAGUGCUGAUCCUCACAGAGUAUUGUCCCAAGGGCAGCCUGAAGGAUGUGCUGGAGAAUGAGGCCAUCCAGCUAGACUGGAACUUCAGGAUGUCACUCAUACAUGACAUCGUCAAAGGAAUGGCUUUCCUACAUGGUUGCGAAGUGGCUGUGCACGGUAAACUGCGCUCCUGUAAUUGCCUCAUAGACGGACGAUUUGUACUCAAAAUUUCAGAUUUUGGCCUUCAAACCCUGACAACCCCAUCAGAGAUUGUCAAAGACAACACGUUUUACAACAAGCUGUUGUGGAUAGCACCGGAGCUUCUGAAGGAGACUACAGUUCCAGGAACUCCUGCCACACAGAAGGGAGACGUCUACAGCUUCUCCAUCAUCCUGGAAGAGAUUGUCGUCCGAGGAGGACCUUAUGAAAUAGCUCGUCAGACAUUAACUGUCCAAGAGAUUCUUCAGCAAGUAGAGUCCUUUGCGGCACCUCCAUUCCGUCCAGACAUUAGCAACCGAGAUUGCCCAGAUGAUCUGCUGGAGUUGAUGGAGAGAUGCUGGGCAGACAAUCCUGACGAGCGACCUACCUUUGAGAUCAUCAGGGGUAUCAUUCGCAAAAUCAUGAAAGGCUAUUGUGAGAACCUUAUGGAUGAUUUGCUAAGAAGGAUGGAACAGUAUGCUAAUAACUUAGAAGCUCUGGUUGAAGAAAAAACUGACCAGCUAAGUCAGGAGAAAAGAAGGUCAGAGGAGCUUCUGUUUCAAGUUUUACCCAGGCCUGUCGCUCAACAGCUGAUGGCCGGGGAGAUGGUUCAGCCAGAACAGUUUGAAUGUGUUACCGUAUACUUUAGUGAUAUUGUUGGGUUCACUGCACUCUGUGCUCAAAGCACACCAAUGCAGGUGGUGAAUCUGUUGAAUGACCUUUACAGUACGUUUGAUAGAGCAAUAGGAUUUUAUGAUGUUUACAAGGUGGAGACGAUAGGGGAUGCAUACAUGGUUGUGUCAGGGUUGCCAGAACGUAACGGGGACAACCACGCCAGAGAAAUAUCCCUGAUGGCUCUCUCUAUUUUAGACGCUCUACACUCCUUCAGCAUACAACAUCGGCCUGACUCUCAGCUUAAAGUGAGGAUAGGAAUACAUUCAGGGCCAGUAUGUGCCGGUGUUGUUGGCCAGAAGAUGCCUCAUUACUGUCUUUUUGGAGACACUGUCAACACUGCAUCUCGGAUGGAAUCUUCUGGGCAUCCACUGAGAAUCCAUGUAAGCGAGGCGACCAAGGAAAUCUUGGACAAGUUCGGGACUUUCCAGCUAGAGCUGCGAGGCGAGGUGGAACUAAAGGGCAAAGGUCGGAUGGUGACCUACUGGCUCAUAGGCUGUACAGAGCCAGACCCUCGACCUCCGACACCCCUUCCUUCCCAUAGUGAGAACACCGAUGUUAACCCUUACCCACUCAUCUUCCCUGAGCUCAGUGUUGUCACCAUUCCUAAGUAAAAUAACACUUUUUGCUUCCACAGUGAAAGAAAAAAUUACAGCAAUGCCUACUAAAUCUUGAAUCUUCCUCAGUGUUGUCACAAAUGCUGAAUAAAAGAUGUCUCUCCACGACAACAGUAAAACACUGAUAUAAAACUUUAACUUUGCCCAAUAAUCUUCCCUCGGGUCAGUGUUGCCACUAUUUCAACAAAAUAUAACCUUCUCCUCUCCUACAGAAUAACACUGACAUACAUUAUAUCACUUUAAUUCAGUGUUCCAACUGAACUAAUUAAAAUAACCCUUUCUGUUUCAAUAUUUAAAAUAAUUAUUUAUAGUAAUGCCUACCCCUCGUCAUUCCUACGGUAAAACACUGAUAUAAACCCUUAUCCACACCU